AUGAGCCCUGAGCUGCGCGUUCACGGGAAGCAGGACAAUGCUUCGUUCCAAGUGAUUGUGCUGGGCGCUACCGGCGGUCCGUGCGAAGACAACGUUACCGGCCUCCUCGUACGAUCCGCCCAAGCAGAAUGGCGGAAAGGAUCAGUCAUCGCGGUGGAUGCUGGAGCGCAUUUGGGAAGCAUUGUUCGACUGCUUGAGCAAUAUAUGCCACGCGCCUCGAAUAAGACACCCGAAGCAGGCCAUACUACGGUAUUGAAGUCUGGUCCGUUUGCCGGCAUCAAGUUUCCACAAAUCUCAGCCAAGGCCAAUGCCCUGUACAUCUUUCGGGAGCUGCUGCACUCCGUUCUCAUCACGCAUCCUCAUCUCGACCACCUGUCCGCUAUUGCGAUCAAUACGCCAGCACUAGAGUACGGUCGGGAAGCAAAAGCGAUAGUAGCGUUGCCCUCAACAAUCGAGGCGAUCAAGACCCACAUUUUCAACGAUUGGAUUUGGCCCAACCUGUCCGAUGAGGGACAUGGCGUCGGCUUCGUCACCUAUCGGAGGCUGAUAGAAGGAGGAAACCCGAGGCUAGGUAGCGGUGACGCUCGUGGGUACGUCAAUGUGUGCGAUGGACUGGCCACCAAGUGCUGGAGUGUCAGUCAUGAGUACAGCUUUCCCACAAGGCGCAUGUCGAGGAUGUCGGAUCACGACCACGGUUACUUCAGCACGAUGGGCCAUCCAAGCCAUGGCUAUGGUCCUUCCGGAGCCGCUCCGCCUCCAUCAACGCCGGGAGCAUACGCGAGCCAGCCCCAAAGCGCGGUUGAUACAGCGCAUAUGUUCGAGCCAGUCUCCAGCUCUGCUUUCUUCAUUCGAAACGAUGAGACCGGCGCAGAAUUGCUCAUCUUCGGCGACAUUGAACCUGACACGGUCAGCAUCUCGCCACGGAAUCAUGUUGUCUGGGAAGAUGCGGCUCAGAAGUUCGCUGCCGGCCACCUGAAGGCCGUCUUCAUUGAAUGCUCCUACGAUGACAGUGUGCGAGAUGCAGACUUGUACGGUCACUUGUGCCCACGCCACUUGAUAGCAGAGCUGCGAUACCUGGCCAAUUGUGUCAUCAAUGCACGCAAAGUAGCCGGACAUACCCUCGUAGAAGGCGCAGAACCUCUUAAAGCUCCAGCUAACACGAUGCACCUGUCGAUUGCCGACGCGAAGAAGAAACGGAAGAGAGGCGCCAAUGGAGAUCUCCAGAAAACGCCCGAGCUGGAAGCAACCGAAUUUGCGACACCUCCAUCUCCUCGCCCUUUACUCAGUGGCUAUGUGGGCAGCAGGUCGCCUUCGGCUUCAAGGCGGAAGACAUCCCACCAUUCUGUCCCAGAGCAAGGAUCAGUCGGAAUGAAGUCUGCGACGCCGACGCGGAAGCGGUCAGUCCAAUUCAGUGGCACGGGACCUAGCAUGAACGUGCCAUCCGGAACUGCGCCUCCACCACCUCUGAACGUCAGCAUAAUGGGAAGUCUUCCAAAGAAGCUAGACGAGCCUUUGAAAGGUUUGGUUGUUCACAUUAUUCAUGUGAAAGAUACCAUGAUGGACGGGCCAUCUCCGGGCGAGGUCAUACUCGAAGAACUGCGAGCACAAUCUGAAGAGGCUGGCCUCGGCGUCGAGUUCGAUGUCACGUCUUACGGUGAAAGCAUCUGGGUAUGA